GCAGGGCCCUGCUCCCUCUGAGUCCUUUCCCAGCUACUGGAGCUGCAUUUCUGGGCUUCUGGCCCUUCCUCCACCUUCAAAGCCAGUAGCUGCUUCCAUCAUCACAUCCUGUUUUCUGUCUGUGUCAAAUCUCCCUCUGCUCCCUUUUAUAAGGACACUUGUGAUUUGCAUUAGGGCCCACCUGGAUAAUCAAGGAUAAUCUCCUGGACUCAGCAUCUUAUCACAUCUACAAAGUCUUUUUUAGCCAUAUAAGGCAACACUCACAGGUUCUAGGGAUUAGGAUGUGGAUAGUAUCUUUUGAGGGCCUUAUUCAGCCGACAGUACUGCCCCUAUGUCUUAGAAUACUCAGGAGCCAUGGUGGCUAAACAAUAGUAAUUAUGACUCAGCCGUAUUUUGUCAGUUUUGAAAGACACUUUCCCCUAAGCUUGUUGUCUCUAGACAGAUUCAUCUCACAGCUGUGUGUCAUUGUUUAGUUAGCACACUCUUUCCUUCUUAGUGGCAUAAAAAGAGAUGACGUGUCUUAUAAUUGAUCCCAUCUUGGAUUCAACACUGGCUAUUCCCUUUUUCCACUGUAACCCUAGUGCCUGAAAAUUAUGUGUGGUCUGGCAGAGAUGGAAUAAGCAAAAACAAAUGGGAGAAGGAGGAACUGAGCCGUUGGAGGAAGGGUGGCCUACAUGGGGCAGAGUGUUUGCGCUGGGAGAUGAGGAGAGGAACACACGAAGCAGGGCCUUACGUUGUGUAAGUGGAGAAGUUUGGGCUUGAUCUGAUGGAUGCUAGGAAAACAUUUAAAAGAGUGAUGUGUCCCAUUUUACGAAGAGGACUGUGUAGCAAGAUAAAUUGGGCAGUGAUAUCCAUAUGGACCCAGACAACAAAGACUGGUGACCAGAUCUGCACAUGAGGAAAGAAGGAGUGUCUGAAUCUCAUGGAGUCACACUGGGAAGGAAGGAAGAAAGGAGAUGAGAUGGAAAAGUGAAAGAUUACCCCAGGUCACUUGCUUGCGCUACCACUGGGUUCAUUUUCCGGACACUGAAAGAGCAGAAUGGCUAAAUAAGACUGUAAAACAUAUGUGGCCUUUUAUUUGCCAAUUUAUAGAGAAGUUGUUUCGAGAAACCAUAGAACCAGCUGUGCGAGGAGCAAAUGCCCACCUUAGCACCUUUAGUUUCACGAAAGUUGACGUGGGUCAGCAGCCCCUCAGGAUCAAUGGUGUUAAGGUGUAUACUGAAAAUGUGGACAAAAGGCAAAUUAUUAUGGACCUUCAGAUUAGUUUUGUAGGAAAUUGUGAGAUUGAUUUGGAGAUCAAGCGAUAUUUUUGUAGAGCUGGUGUGCAAAGUAUACAGAUCCAUGGUACAAUGCGGGUGAUCCUGGAACCGUUGAUUGGAGACAUGCCCUUGGUAGGAGCUUUGUCUAUCUUCUUUCUUAGGAAGCCACUUUUAGAAAUUAACUGGACAGGACUGACUAAUCUUCUUGAUAUCCCUGGAUUGAAUGGUUUAUCAGAUACUAUCAUUUUGGAUAUAAUAUCGAACUAUCUGGUACUUCCCAAUCGAAUCACCGUUCCUCUUGUCAGCGAAAUUCAAAUAGCUCAGUUGCGGUUUCCUGUACCAAAGGGUGUUCUAAGGAUACAUUUUAUUGAAGCUCAGGAUCUUCAGGGGAAAGAUACUUAUCUGAAGGGACUUGUCAAGGGAAAGUCAGACCCCUAUGGAGUAAUUCGAGUUGGCAACCAAAUCUUCCAAAGCAAGGUCAUCAAAGAGAACCUUAGUCCAAGGUGGAACGAGGUGUACGAGGCUUUAGUCUAUGAACAUCCUGGACAGGAAUUAGAGAUUGAGCUCUUUGAUGAAGACCCAGACAAGGAUGACUUUCUGGGAAGUCUUAUGAUUGAUCUUAUUGAAGUUGAAAAGGAGCGCCUUUUAGAUGAAUGGUUCACCCUGGACGAAGUCCCCAAAGGAAAGCUGCACUUGAAACUGGAGUGGCUCACAUUAAUGCCAAAUGCGUCAAACCUUGAUAAGGUGCUGACAGACAUCAGAGCUGACAAAGACCAAGCCAAUGAUGGUCUUUCCUCUUCAUUGCUGAUCUUGUAUUUGGAUUCAGCAAGGAACCUUCCGAGUAACCCAUUAGAAUUUAACCCUGAUGUCUUGAAGAAGGCUGCAGUUCAGAAAGCUUUAAAGUCAGGGAAGAAGAUAAACAGCAACCCAAAUCCUCUUGUCCAGAUAUCCGUUGGGCACAAGGCCCAGGAGAGCAAGAUUCGGUACAAAACCAAUGAACCUGUGUGGGAGGAAAACUUCACCUUCUUCAUUCACAAUCCCAAGCGCCAAGACCUUGAAGUUGAGGUCAAGGAUGAACAACAUCAGUGUUCUCUGGGGAAUCUGAAGAUCCCUCUCAGUCAGCUCCUCAACAGCGAUGAUAUGACCAUGAACCAGCGAUUCCAACUCAGUAAUUCAGGUCCAAACAGCACUCUGAAGAUGAAGAUUGCCCUCAGGGUACUCCACCUUGAAAAGCAAGAGAGGUCUCCAGACCACCAACACUCAGCUCAAGUAAAGCGACCCUCUGUUUCCAAAGAAGGGAGAAAAGUAUCUGUUAGAUCUCAGAUGUCAGUGUCACCAGGCGCUGGCAACAGCAGCACAGCCCCGUCCACACCAGUAAUUGGGGGUGGUGAUAAGCCCACCAUGGAGGAGAGAGCCCAGCCUUCGGAAGCCAGCCCUCUGGGGCCACGAGACCUAGGCAGAAGCUCCUCCAGCCUCCAAGCCGGCCCUGCCUGCUCCCCCAGCCAUAUUUCUGUCAAGGAGCCCACCCCAAGCAUAGCCUCGGACAUAUCACUGCCCAUCGCCACACAGGAACUUCGGCAGAGGCUGCGGCAGCUUGAAAAUGGUACGACACUGGGACAGUCUCCCCUGGGGCAGAUCCAGCUGACCAUCCGGCAUAGCUCGCAGAGAAACAAGCUCGUGGUGGUUGUGCACUCCUGCAGAAAUCUCAUUGCCUUCUCUGAAGAUGGCUCUGACCCCUAUGUCCGCAUGUAUUUGUUACCAGACAAGAGGAGGUCAGGAAGGAGAAAAACACACGUGUCAAAGAAAACAUUGAACCCGGUGUUUGAUCAAAGUUUUGAUUUUAGCGUUUCACUACCAGAAGUGCAGAGGAGAACAUUGGACGUAGCAGUGAAGAACAGUGGCGGCUUCCUGUCCAAAGACAAAGGGCUUCUUGGCAAAGUGUUGGUCGGUCUGGCGUCUGAAGAACUCGCCAAAGGCUGGACCCAGUGGUACGACCUCACAGAAGACGGGACAAGACCACACGUGGUGACGUAGGCGGGUCUGGUGUGAGGAGCCCUCCUUGGUGUGUCUGCUCCACCCGUGUGAUCGGAAUGCAGCCUCCCACAGACGUACUGAUACUAUUUUUAUAAUUUCAUCUAUUUAGUUAAUAGUUUUAUAAAACAUGUUGACAUUUUAGGCAUAUUUGGCCAAUAUUAUCGUUAAAUUUUGUAUGUUUAAUUUCUUCUAGUAUUUCACCAGUUAUUACAGUAUACAAUAGGAUAGUACUUAAUUAUUGUGUUACGUAAAGCUGUAUGUCAGUUGUAUCUACUAGGAGGUGGAUAUAUGUAUAUGCUUUAUUAUUGCCUUGUUUUGUAUAUUACUGAGGUACACUAUGCCAUGUAAAUAGACUCUAUUUUUUAUAAUCUACAUGCUGGUUUGAAUUCAGAAGAAAAUGAAUCAAGGAAAUAUAUAUAUUUUUUCUUCUAAAACUUAUUAAAUUCUUAUGACAAAUAAUCAUUUUUGCCUUUGCAGGAAAAAGUUCUAGUGACCUAUUUUGUGGUAUUUCUUUUUAAAAAGAAAAACUGAAAGAUUAUUAAAUAUUAGUGUAUUUCUGCCCAUUAUGGAUGAUGAAAGAAAGUAUUCAGAAUAUUAACACUUUCAUAAACAGAAAGAUGUAUUAUUGAGAAGUCAGUUGAAGUACUUAUAAGGAAAAAUGUAUAACUGAGUAAUUGAAAGUAUUAAGAGAAUUGUUGUGGUUCAUAAAUCAUAGUGUACUAAUGUGAAAUUUCCUACAUAAAAUGAAAUGUCUUAAGUUUAUUUGUAAUUGCUUGUUAUAACUUAUUCUGAUACACAGAUACACAAUCAUACUUUUCCUAAAAUAUAAUACAGACAGACUUUCAAUGUUAGCAGUUAGGCUAUUGGGAAAUAGUCGGUUGUGAGCUUUGUUAAUUUUCAGUGUUUUCCCAGCCUGUAAAGAAAGACAAGCUCACAUUGUCACCAAAAAGAUCAGAGUAAGUAGAUAGGAAAUGUUGUUAAAACCAAUACAGAGGACAGGUCACCCUGAUAGCUCUUUCAUUCGUCCAUCAGUGCAACAUCAUACAGAGGACAGGUCACCCUGAGCUGGCACUUGGUUUCAUUCUGCUCUUAUUCACAGGCCACCACCGGGACCAAAGAGUUUCGGCACAACUGCCAGCACAGUGGCUCUUGGUUGUAAAUAGCCAUUUCCUGGGUUUCCUCACUUAUGCCAUGACUCAUCUCAUUAUUGGGAUGUUGUCAUACGGUUUUUAUUUUGGAAUAUAUUUUUCUUUUUAGAUUAUUAAAAGCAUGUUUUAUUUACUUAAGAGUUCCAAACCUCUUGGAAGGUGAGGCUCUAUAGCAGUGUCAUAAGCUGUGCAUGCCUAUAAACAAUGUAUGUACCUAUGCAGAAAGAAUUUUAAAUAUUUUAAGCUGUAUGAUGCAAAUGACUUCCUUAGCCCUAAGAACAUUCUAAAAUUAUGUGUGUAUAUAUAUAUAUAUAUUGAGGAAGUAUAGCUUUGUGAUUGAAAUUGGAGAUCUUACCAUAAAUCAUUUCAUGGACUGUGGACUGCUCACGUGACCAGACCUACCAAAGUGCCUGUGGCGGAUGCUGGUUGUUACUGCUGCACACUCCUGCCUUCCAGCAGAUUUUAAUUUUGUGUUAAUUUACACUUUGAACCACGGGUUUGUUUAUAAUGGCGUCUGUAGCUUCACAAUACAUUUUAUGUACUCAUAACGACCAGUAUCAUCUCACUGUUUCCUGUUUAAUGAAAUGUCACUCUAAAGCCUCAUUGUAAAUCAUUUCCUAUGUAACGUACAGGGAAGUUUAUGAAUAUGCUGAUACACACAUGGAUAUAUAUGCACACAAAACAUUUACUGUGGUGUUUUAGUAGCAUGAGCAAGACAGGUUGCCUGCCCACAGUAUUAGAUUUACGGAGGUUUUUUUUUAAAUCAGGUGUGUUGAAGGGCUUUUGGCCCUUCUUUGAAAUUUAGGAUACUAAGAAUUUUUACUGACGUCCUAAACUUUUGGGUUUUGCAACCAAUGUGCUUUACAAACUAUUCAAUGUGUACUUUACUUGAUGUAAUCCUUUAUUUAAACUAGGCAAAAUAAGUACAAUGAAAGCUACAAAGCCCAAAUAAAGCCAGUUAGCAGCGUGAUGCCCUGCCCUCUGGUGUGGUGACGGUGGGGGCUGGAGACUAAGACCCACCUGCAGAUUCCGAGGCCCUAGCAGCCAGCUCCAUUCUUUUUAAUAUAAAAGAAAGGAAAGGGAUGAUUCUAAGGACACUGAAACACCUCCCAGAUGUGAUUCUGUGUUUUGUGGCAAGAGGAGUGCUCAAAGGGAAGCUCUUGUAUCUGUGGGAAAGGCCAGGCUCAGCAGUCCAGAUCCUGGCAGUGGGGAACACUCUGAGUUCUCAAAAUGUGCUUUUCUGGUUCUUAAUAAUCGUUUCAUCUAGAAAAAGGGAACUAUAACUUUUCUACAUUGAGCCAAACCAAUGGAGGGAAAAUUAACUUAAAUGAAUUUGAAUUCUGUCAGUUUGUUCAUGUUGGUUGCUUAUCCUGUGCCUUAAAGUACAGAACUAUGAAGGUGUUGUUUUCAAGUUCCAGAUUAAAACAAAAGAAGCCUCGUAGCUGUAUUUACCACAGUUUAUAUUCUGUACUGUGAGAAUUCCUUUUACAGAUGUUCUUCAUGAAGAGGUCGGCCCUUCUUGUUCAAGAACCUACGCCAAAUGCAACUCCGUUUGUGCGUUUGUACUAUGGUUGUUCCUUUAACCCCAGUGCCAGCUGCAUCACCCCUGCAGAUGGAAACAGCAGCGGGUGUUUUUAUUAUUACAGAAUGUCCUUUUUGCUCAACUAAUUUUACAUGACAAUGCAUGUAUUUAUUCAAUAAAACUUUUAUGUUAGCUCA